AUGGCAGUUUCUGUUGGCGAAAUUUGCGAAAACACUAAGUUGGCCAGGGAGAUGGCUUUGAUGGGAAACUAUGAGUCGGCAUUGGUAUACUACGAAGGCACCGUACAAAUGAUCCACAGGCUCCUGAUCACCAUUGCAGACCCUACACGCAAGUCCAAGUGGCAACUUGUUCAGAAGCAAAUGGCACGGGAGUACGAGCAGUUAAAGGCGACAGUGGCGACAUUGCAAAUGUUUCAACAUGACGGAGAGAAGGCUAUCACACCGCUCACAGGAAACUACGAAGAUCUACCAACGAGGGAUCAGAUGUGGGGUCCCGCGCCGCACGAAAUAGACCCAGAUAUAUGGCCACCGCCCCCGGACAGAGACCCGAACGCAUGGCCACCGCCCAUCAGUGCUGAACACAAGGGACCGCCUACUAUGAAGUCUGCGCGGGCCAACCCUCGGAAUGCACACGCUCGAAAUAAUGACCACAAAAAGACGCCAGCUCAUCGGAACGCAACCACUUCCCAACGAAAGGCUUCUGACGCAAGGAUUCCUAAAAUUGGUGCGAAUAAGGCACACAGCGCUAAAACCAAGGACAACAGCAAUAAAGACCACUCCAGCGGCAAGGAUAGGCAAGAUAGAGACAACAAUAAUGGUGACACGGACGAUGAGAAACACAAAGAUGAUGAAAGAAGGUUUGAGCCGCCUUCAGCAGCUGAUGGCGAUCUCGUAGAAGUUCUCGAACGGGACAUAGUACAAAAGAAUCCUAACAUCAGAUGGGAUGACAUCGCGGACCUCAGAGAGGCCAAGAGACUACUAGAGGAGGCCGUAGUCUUGCCUAUGUGGAUGCCGGACUUUUUUAAAGGCAUAAGGCGGCCAUGGAAAGGUGUUCUGAUGGUGGGUCCCCCGGGCACUGGUAAGACCAUGUUGGCCAAAGCCGUGGCUACUGAGUGCGGGACUACUUUUUUCAACGUGUCGUCUUCUACACUCACCUCCAAGUACCGAGGUGAAUCCGAGAAACUAGUCCGAUUGCUGUUUGAAAUGGCGAGGUUCUACGCGCCCAGCACGAUAUUCAUCGACGAGAUCGACUCGCUGUGCUCGCGGCGCGGCUCGGACAGCGAGCACGAGGCCUCGCGCCGCGUCAAGUCCGAGCUGCUCGUGCAGAUGGACGGGCUCGGCUCCGCCUCAGAUGAACCCGCUAAGGUUGUGAUGGUAUUAGCAGCAACGAAUUUCCCUUGGGACAUAGACGAGGCCCUCCGACGGCGACUAGAGAAGCGCAUCUACAUCCCUCUACCGACGCAAGAGGGACGCGAGGCUCUGCUGCAGAUCAAUCUCAGAGAAGUCAAGGUUGAUCCCGAGGUAGACUUGCGUGGAAUUGCAAAGAAACUAGACGGCUAUUCAGGCGCAGAUAUCACUAAUGUCUGCAGGGACGCGUCAAUGAUGUCGAUGCGUCGCAAAAUAGCCGGCCUGAAGCCAGAACAAAUUAAACAACUUGCCAAGGAGGAGCUCGACCUCCCAGUCACCAGACAGGACUUCAUGGAAGCACUCUCAAAGUGCAACAAGUCCGUCUCUAAAGGCGACAUACAGAAGUACCUCUCGUGGAUGGCCGAGUUCGGGUCUUCUUGA